AUGGCAUUGCGUAUUCUUGCUACCGAUGGUCGGUGGGCUCUUAUCACUCUUCAUCGAAAAUUUACCAGUGCUGCUUUUUCAACACAAAGUAGCUCUACUUCUGUCCCUAUUCUACUGUCCUAUGGUGAUGGAUUUCUGGGUGCAUUGGGCACAGGAAGCUACGAAAAUGUACCGAGUCCAAGACCGUUACCAACGACAACUGAUCUGUCGGUUAAGAAGAUAUCAGCUGGAUGGGCCCAUGCUGGUUUUGUUACGAAUGAUGGAAACGCUUAUAUAUAUGGACGCACACACUCGUUUCGUGAUGUCAUCCGUACUACUAACAUGCAGCGCGUUCUUCCAAAGAUUGUAUCAUGGAUGAACAAUUUUACGCGCGCACGCGGAAUAGACACACUAGAGCCGGCACUGUUGGAACUACCUGAGGGAGAGCGGGUGAAGAAGAUUGUGUGCUCUACAGCGUUGACGCUCUUACUGACAGAGAGUGGCAAACUAUUUACUUUGGGUGCGAAUAGCUACGGCCAGUGCGGCAUUGGUGAAGAGAGCGUAUAUGUUCAGAUGCCGAUGCACGUGGACAUUGAUGGCGAUGAGAUUGUGGAUAUUGGUGCAGGCUACCAGCAUGGACUUGCAGUGACGAAAAAUGGCACAGUGUUUACGUGGGGGAAGGGUGAACGCGGCCAACUUGGUUUCGGCACUGGCAAUGUUGAUGCUCCGCAAGAAGUAAUUGCGCUGAAAGGGAAGAGAAUUGUUAAAGUGGGUGCUGGGUUCAAUUACUCUUGCGCUGUUUCAGAGGACGGCGAGCUGUACAUGUGGGGUAAAUUACUAAACCCGAAGGCAAAAACUGAAAGUAAUGGUGACCAGAUUGUCCCGCGUUUUGUGCAAACUAGUGCUCCUGUGAAGCUCUUCACGUGCAGCCAGUUCCACACGGCUUUCAUUACUGCUGACGAUAAGAUUUGGCUGAUAGGUCGUACACCUUCGGGCCGUCAAGAAAGUAGCAAUUUUUCCCUUGUGGCUUCGCAGAUGCACACGAUCCCGCUGCAGAUCACCAACGAUCAAGUUGUUUGUGCAAAAGAUAUUGUGGAGAUUGGUAAAGGCGUGAACAAGUCCUCUUUUGUUACUGGUGAUGGCCAUGCGUACGAAUGGAAUUUUGAGUCCGGGAUCCAUCAGGUGAAAGAGCUUUCCGAUUUAAAGGUAGUGUCUUUAGAAAGUGGUUUUUACUACCGCCUCUUGCUAGCGCAGUCCAAAAAGUAG